CCCUGUCUCUCUCGAUUCAAUUGUUUUUGUUUUGUUGGCAAACAAGUUGUCAAAAUUGUUCUAUUUACUUUCGACAAAUAGAAAGCGUUAUCAUUUGCUAAAACUGUCAAGCAGCCAUGGAUGCAGGUGCCCCAGUGAACGAUGCGGACAAGUCGAACACCUGCCGCACUAGCGGCGACGGCAUGGAACAGACGGAAAUCGUCUCAGGCAACACGAAAGUGGAACAAGUCGAAGAACAAUCCACAAAUGCCGCUUUCCCCGUUCCCAAUAAGGUCAAACGACCUCAGUUGUCGCGCAAGGACAGCACCGUAGUCCAAGAAUCCGUUAUUACGCAUAUGCAAUCAGCAACUUCAGUCGUGCAACCCCUGCCCCUGCCCCUGCCUGGACUUCACACGCUUUAUCGGCGUCCGGAAACCGUUAGUCGCAGUUUGGCGCCAGCGCCGCCCAAGGGUGAACUGGUGCAGUUGAAGCCCCGGCUGGUGAACACCUCGGAGCCAGUGCCGGAGCACAAGAAAACGAAGCCACCGAAAUUCGUGCCUUACGAGCCAUAUCCAGGUGCCGUGAAUCCCAUGACGCCAGCCCAGCAUAAAAUGCUGCGCGUUACCAAGAAUAAUUUGGAUAUUGGCGUUCUCGCGGAUCAGGUGUCCACAUUGCGCACCCAGGAACUGGAUCUGGUUGUGGAGCCUGCAGAAGGCAAGCCCGAAGAUAGCAGCAGCGAGGAACUGCAGCGAAUGCAGCUGGAAUUGAAAAAAAUGCGCGAGGAGCGCGAUCAUUUUCAGGCACAGUAUAAAUUCCAGACGCAGGUCAACGGCGAGCUGAAGAGUCUGCUGGUUGCCUCCGUUGGUGAGGAUCUGCAGACGCGUGUCAAUCUGCUGACCGAGGACAAACUGCAACUGGCACGCGCCCUGCUCGACACGGCCAACAAUCUGACGACGCAUACGGAACAAAUCGAAUUCUUGGCCAGCCAGUGCGAGGUGUGGCGCUCGAAGUUUUUGGCCAGCAGCGUUAUGGUCGAGGAGCUGGCGCGCUGGAAAGCUGAUCUCACGCACAAGAACCAAAUGCUUAACGAGUCAACCAAGCAACUGCUGCACACCACUCACCAAAUACGCGAAAUCCAACUGGACAUGCUCAAGCAACUGAAGUUCCUGGCCAAAAUACGCUAUCUGAAUCUGCCCGCCACGGAUGUCAUCAGCCUGAGCGCCGAGAACUUGAACAUACUGCAGCGCAUGGUGCUCCACUCGGGUCUGGGCAUUCCCGAGGCGACCCUAAAACUGUCCAGCGCCACAACGAGCCCCCUCUGCGAAGCAGAGAAAUACGCCGUACAGGCCCUGGACUUCAUUAGCCAGCCACUAAUGGCCACGGAUGAAGCUAUCCGAGCGCUAUUCGGACAAGUGCAGCGUCCACAUUACAUGCCAUCGGUCAGCGCUCCACAAGGAGACACUUCUACUCCUAAUCAAUAGCAAUUUUCAAAUUGUACAAAAAUAUAGAAUUUUUAUAGUUUUUAAACAUAAAUAUAAAUUUGACAAUC